AUGACAAUGGCCAAACUCCAUCGUGCACUGCACCUUCUGCCGUUAGGGUCAGGACCGGGACCUAACAUGACACAUGGUGAGGGCCUUGGCGGUGCCGGCCACCCCAUCGUGGUACCAAGGUCCAGCACCCCGCAUUGUCGGGGGAAGCCAAGCGCCAGCAACGUUCGCCACUUGGAUAACUUCGCGGCGCCCGGCUUACGGCAUCACACAGUACCAGGACCCGCCGCGCCUUGCUGGGACACAGUAUUAUCCUUGGUCUUGGGGCGCGUGUUACCGCGCCAUCAGCAGUAUCACCCGCACCAAGUUACUGCUUAG